UGAUCUGUCUCGUGCGCAAAAAUUUAGCGCAUCAGACCUGCACACAGCCGCAAGCACAACACGUGCAAACGCAGCGUCCCAGACUAUACAUCAGAAGCACAAACAGUGUCGCGCCCGCGGACGAACACGAGCAACCCCUCGUUUCGCGGCGCGGCGCCCGCCGGCGGCCCCGAGAAGCCGUCGGCGCGGCCACGGCCGUGCGAGAGCACCCCUGUCGAUCGACCCGGCAGGGCGCGACCUAGCCCCCCGCGCGCCCCGAGCUCCAGGCCGCGGGGAACGGAUCGCGGGCCACCCUCGCAGAUCCGCGGAAAGCGCUAAUGGGUGGAUCGCCAAGCAAGUAGCUCGUUCAUAAUGUGGGGAUUGCACGAACACGACCCACGGAGGAAGAUAUACGACGCGUGUGCAAGCGGUGACGUCGACGAGGUGCGAAGGCAGAUCCACGGCAGCAACGUCAACGACGACACUUUAAUCUUCAUAGCGUCUGAGAACGGCCAUACAGAAGUCGUCCGGCUGCUUCUCGCGCACAGUGCCGAUCCCGGUUAUAUGGCGCACUUCAGUACGCUUCUCGGGGAAGCUAUCCGGAAGGGCCAUGCGGAUGUUGUCCGCCUACUCAUCGACGACUACGGAGUCGCGGUCGAUGACGAGCGUUCCCGGACCGGACCGCUCGGAGCCGAGCUACUGCCGCUGAUGGCAGCGAUUGUCUCUAAUGCCUUCUCUGGGCAGUUGGAGGUCGUCCGCGUCCUUCUGGCUCGUGGCGCAAGUCCCAACACCACAAAAGAUAGAGGCUUUGAAGCUGGGGCGUCUGCGCUGUGGUUAGCUGUCAACGGCGAUCGCAUCGAGAUCGCGCGCGCGCUCAUCGAAGCUGGCGCUCGAGUCGACUUUAAGGGGCCGCGGGGCGUCACACCCCUGUGGAAAGCGGUUUAUAAUGGUCGCCUUGCCAUGGCACGACUACUUCUGGACUGCUCGAGCUCGAGUAUCGACUGGGCCUGCGAUAGACAUGUGAAUUCGCCGAGCGUACAGGUACCAUCGACUGUCGACGGAGGCACAGUCUCCCUCGGCGGUUCCACCCCCCUAUUCCUCGCGUGCCUCACGGGCAAAGUGGGCCUCGUGCGGCUGCUCCUGCAACGCGGCGCGCGGCCGGCGACGGCUGUCCUGGCCGACCGUACGCGCGGACGGCAAGUACGUAGAGCCAUCCUGGACAUGCUUCGUCAGUACUACGCGGUGCACGUCACUUUAGAUGUGUUGGGGCGUCGCGAGCGCCGUCGCGACAUCGUGCCCCGGAUCACCUCUUUUCUGGUCCCGCCGAGAUAGGCUCCGGAGGCCUAGUAUGAGACUAAGAUUUUGUUUUUUGAUG